AUGGGCGUUAAACAGUUCUUUAAAGACCGCCCUCUCAAGGUCAAAGAUAAUAAAGUUACUAAAGCAGCUGAACUCACCUUGCGAGAAUCCAUCUGGCCCAUCGCUCUCGUCACAGUUCUCUUCUUCCUCUGGGGUUUUAGUUAUGGCCUCCUCGACACGCUGAACAAGCAUUUCCAAAAGGUCCUCGAUAUCGAUCGUGCUCGAUCUGCUGGUCUUCAAGCUGCGUAUUUCGGUGCUUACCCUCUUGCUUCGCUGGGACACGCUGCGUGGAUUCUUCGACAUUACUCGUACAAGGCUGUUUUCAUCUGGGGCCUCAGCUUAUACGCCAUCGGCGCCCUGAUCGCUAUCCCUUGUAUCAAAGCCAAGUCUUUUGCUGGCUUUUGCAUGUCCAUCUUCAUCAUUGGUAACGGUCUUGGCUCGCUCGAGACAGCCGCGAACCCUUUUAUCACUGUCUGCGGUCCUCCCCGAUACUCGGAAAUUCGCAUCAACAUCUCCCAAGCAUUCAAUGGUAUCGGCACCGUCAUAGCUCCUGUGCUAGGCUCAUAUGUCUUCUUCAACAACCUCGACGAUGAAGAAGCAUUGGCCAAUGUGCAGUGGGUGUAUCUGUCUAUCGCCGUCUUCGUCCUGAUCCUGGCGUGUCUCUUUUACGUAUCCAAGAUCCCUGAAAUCACCGAUGCUGGCAAGUCUACACCCAAUUACCUAUAA